ACCAUGAAUAAGUUCCUAUUUGAAUGUUACUGUCAUAUUGAUAUAAAUACAUGUUUAUGCUAAGAAUGGUGUCAGUUAUUUAAACAAUUUCAAGUUGAAUCUAAUCACUUUGUGCAAGGCGAUAACAAAAUGUUUAUUUAUUGGUUCCUAGUUUUGCAAAUGUUUAUUGCUUGGCCUGUUUUCGCGUGGCAUCAAGACUAUGGAAAACUCGUGGAUGGCCAACAAAGUGAUAUAUCGAAAUUUCCAUAUCAAGUUGCUUUACAGUUAGUUGGAAAGUUAACUUGCGGUGGGUCUAUAAUUGACAAGAAAUGGAUUUUAACAGCUGCUCAUUGCACUUUUGGCCGACCACACGAUUUAUUCACAAUCCGAGCUGGUUCCAGUUCACCAAUAGCAAACGGUACGGUUUAUAAAGUUGCCAAAAUACAUGAACAUCCAAAAUUCAGCUUUGCUACAAUCGAUUAUGAUAUAGCGUUGAUUGAACUCGAAUCUGAAUUGGAAUUUUCUGACAAAGUGAAAGUUAUUGAGUUGGCUGAUUAUGAACCGCCUAUACGCGCAUUUGGAGUGGUCUCCGGGUGGGGCACCAUGGCAGAUGGUGUACCUUAUAUUUCACCUGUACUCCGUUCAGUGGAAAUUCCAAUUGUACGACGAUUGACGUGCAAUUUUCGAUAUUUUUUUAAAGUAACCGAUAGAAUGAUUUGUGCUGGUUAUACAUUUGGCGGACAGAAUAUUUGUAAAGGCGAUUCGGGAGGUCCACUGGUGUAUCAGGGUAAACAAGUGGGAAUUGUUUCGUGGGCGGCGGGAUGUGCCAGACCGAUUUCCCCAGGCGUGUUUAGCAACGUGCCCAAUUUGAAGGAUUACGUUAGAGCUGUAACUAGAUUAGACAUUUAGAAACUUUUAGGAAUUACAAUUGAUCAAUUUCCGUAUCAAGCAUCUUUACAUAACAAAACAAACUUUGUCUGUAGUGGUGCUUUGAUUUCUCCAAAAUGGGUUCUAACCUCGGCUUCAUGUUUUGUACCAAAUCCAAAAAUGAUCC